AUGUCGGUGCCUCCACAGGCGUUUGUAAACAAAAACAAAAAACAUUUCCUGGGUAUCCCCGCGCCCUUAGGUUAUGUUGCUGGUGUUGGUCGAGGAGCGACUGGUUUCACCACAAGAUCAGAUAUCGGUCCUGCCAGAGAUGCGAACGAUGUCUCUGAUGAUCGUCAUGCACCCCCUGCUGCCAAACGCAAGAAAACCGAGGAGGAAGAUGAUGAUGAGGAUUUGAAUGACUCCAAUUAUGAUGAAUUCUCAGGAUACAGUGGUUCAUUGUUUUCCAAGGACCCUUACGACAAAGAUGAUGCUGAAGCCGAUGCUAUAUACGAGUCUAUUGACAAAAGAAUGGAUGAGAAGAGGAAGGAAUACAGGGAGAAACGGCUCAAGGAAGACUUGGAGAGAUACCGUCAAGAGAGACCAAAAAUUCAACAACAGUUCUCAGAUUUAAAACGAGAAUUGAAAUCAGUGUCCGAGGAUGAAUGGUCAGCGAUUCCUGAAGUGGGUGAUGCUCGUAACAGGAAACAGAGGAACCCUAGAGCAGAGAAGUUUACCCCGUUGCCUGACAGUGUACUGUCCAGGAAUUUGGGUGGAGAAUCUUCUUCAUCCAUCGACCCUGGGUCUGGACUGGCGUCAAUGAUGCCUGGAGUCAUGACUCCUGGCAUGUUGACCCCAUCUGGUGACCUGGAUUUGAGAAAGAUAGGUCAAGCUCGUAACACUUUGAUGACAGUGAAACUGUCACAAGUAUCGGACUCGGUAACUGGACAAACUGUGGUGGAUCCGAAGGGAUAUCUGACAGACUUGCAGUCCAUGAUCCCUACUUACGGUGGUGAUAUAAAUGAUAUUAAGAAGGCCAGGUUGUUGUUGAAGUCUGUCAGAGAGACUAACCCUAACCAUCCACCUGCUUGGAUCGCUAGUGCGAGGUUGGAAGAAGUUACAGGUAAGGUCCAAUCAGCUCGUAACUUGAUAAUGAAGGGUUGCGAGGUGAACCCGAGCAGCGAGGAGCUGUGGCUGGAGGCGGCGCGCCUGCAGCCGCGCGACACGGCGCGCGCCGUCAUCGCGCACGCGGCCAGGAACCUGCCGCACAGUGUCCGCAUAUGGGUCAAAGCCGCCGAUUUGGAACAGGAGACUAAGGCAAAACGCCGAGUCUACCGCAAAGCCUUGGAACACAUACCUAACUCAGUCCGUUUAUGGAAAGCUGCAGUUGAGCUGGAAAACCCAGAGGACGCUCGGAUCCUAUUGUCCAGGGCCGUGGAGUGUUGCCAUACUAGUGUCGAACUGUGGCUCGCAUUGGCAAGAUUGGAAACUUACGAGAAUGCAAGAAAAGUACUCAACAAAGCUCGUGAGAAUAUACCUACUGAUAGACAGAUUUGGGUAACUGCUGCCAAGCUUGAAGAGGCACAUGGUAACACGCAUAUGGUGGAGAAGAUUAUAGAUCGUGCCAUCACCUCGUUGAGCGCGAAUGGAGUGGAGAUCAACCGCGAGCAUUGGUUCAAGGAGGCCAUGGAAGCUGAAAAGUCCGGCGCAGUACACACUUGCCAGGCCAUUAUACGCGCGGUGAUAGGACACGGCAUUGAACCUGAAGACCAGAAACACACGUGGAUGGAGGAUGCAGAAGCUUGCGCGAAUGAAGGCGCGUACGAGUGCGCCCGCGCAGUGUACGGGUAUGCUCUGUCAGUUUUUCCCUCCAAAAAAUCAAUAUGGCUGCGGGCAGCGUACUUGGAGAAGCAACAUGGCACCCGUGCUAGUUUGGAAGCUCUACUACAACGAGCCGUGGCUCAUUGUCCCAAGUCUGAGGUGCUGUGGCUAAUGGGAGCCAAGUCUAAGUGGUUGGCAGGUGACGUACCAGCGGCGCGAGGGAUUCUAUCCCUGGCGUUUCAAGCCAAUCCCAAUUCUGAAGAGAUCUGGUUGGCUGCCGUCAAGUUGGAGAGUGAGAACAAAGAGUACGACAGAGCGAGACGACUGCUGUCUAAAGCUCGUGCGUCUGCGCCUACGCCGAGGGUGAUGAUAAAGUCCGCUAAACUGGAAUGGGCUCUGAACAACUUGGAUGUCGCGCUGAAACUUCUAGAAGAAGCUAUCAGAGUAUUUGGUGAUUAUGCGAAGUUGCACAUGAUGAAGGGACAAAUUGAGGAGCAGAUGAACAAGGAUGAAGAAGCACGCAAUACUUAUUCACAAGGGCUCAAGAAAUGUGCAACGAGUGUGCCCAUGUGGAUUUUACUGUCGAGACUUGAAGAAAAACUGAAGAAUGUUACCAAAGCUAGAUCUGUGUUGGAGAAGGCCAGACUUAGGAAUCCUAAAACAGCUGAAUUAUGGUUAGAGAGUGUAAGACUGGAGAGAAGGAACGGCAGUGCAGAGAUAGCCAACGCAGUGAUGGCUAAAGCACUGCAGGAGUGUCCUACCGCCGGCCGACUGUGGGCAGAGGCCAUAUUCAUGGAGUCUCGACCACAGAGGAAGACUAAGAGCGUGGACGCGCUGAAGAAGUGCGAGCACGACGCGCACGUGCUGCUGGCCGUGUCGCAGCUGUUCUGGACGGAGCGGAAACUCAACAAGUGCCGGGAGUGGUUCAACAGGACGGUCAAAAUCGAUCCGGACCUAGGUGACGCUUGGGCUUAUUUCUACAUGUUCGAGUUAUUGCACGGGAACGAACAGCAACAAGAGGAUGUGAAAUCCCGCUGCAAAGCCGCUGAACCUCACCACGGCGAGGCCUGGUGUAAAGUCUCCAAAGACAUCGCCAACUGGUGCUUCAGCACUGAACAGGUCCUACUGCUCGUUGCCAAGAACUUACCCGUACCCACGUGA